GUCUAAGUUCAAAUGAAUUCCCUUUGUUCUCACCUACAAUCCUCCCAAAAUUUACAAAUCAUCAUGUAUUUCUUUCCCUUUAUAACUAUCACUCUUUCCUCCAGCUCCAUGUCUAUUCUCUUAAGGUAAGAAAAGAAUCAAGGUCCAAGUUUCUUAGUUGUUUUGGGAGAUGGGUAUUUUGUCAUUGAUAACAGGAAGGCCUGGCUCAAGUGGGUUUGGUUCUUCUUCCACAGCUGAACAAGUUACUCAGGGGAUUGAUGCAUCCCAUCUUACUGUUAUAAUCACUGGAGGGGCAGCUGGAAUUGGGUUGGAGACUGCAAGAGUUUUGGCUCUAAGAGGAGCUCAUGUUAUAAUUGGUGCAAGGAAUAUGGAAGCUGCAAAUGAAGCAAAACAGCUUAUUCUCGAUAAAGAUAAAACAGCUAGAGUGGAUGUCUUGAAACUUGAUCUUUGUUCAUUUUCCUCCAUUAGAGAAUUUGUUCAGAAUUUCAAUGCUCUUGAUCUUCCCCUCAACAUCUUAAUAAACAAUGCUGGAAUCAUGUUCUGCCCAUACCAACUUUCCCAGGAAGGAAUAGAGAUGCAGUUUGCAACAAAUCAUCUUGGUCAUUUUCUCUUGACAAAUCUCCUCCUGGACACAAUGAAGAACACUGCAAAAGCCACUGGUAUUGAAGGCAGGAUUGUGAAUUUGUCAUCCAUAGCUCAUCAGUACACCUACAGAGGUGGAAUUCGAUUCAAAAAGAUCAACAACAAAUCUGGCUAUUCUGAUAAAAUGGCAUAUGGGCAAUCCAAAUUAGCAAACAUAUUACACGCCAAUGAGCUCUCCCGUCAAUUCCAAGAAGAGGGCCUGAAUAUUACAGCAAAUUCGGUUCACCCAGGGUUGAUAAUGACAAAUCUUUUCAAAUAUUCUGCCUUUCUGAUGAAAUUUUUGAAGUUCUUCUCCUUUUUCCUCUGGAAAAAUGUCCCUCAGGGGGCAGCCACAACAUGUUAUGUUGCUCUGCAUCCAAGUUUAAAAGGAGUAAGUGGAAAGUAUUUCGUGGAUUGCAAUGCAGUGACACCAAGUUCACUGGCAACAGAUCAGGUGCUGGCAAAGAAGCUCUGGGAUUUCAGUAACAACUUGAUUGCUUCAAUUUCAAAAGCUUAACUUAAACACAGAUGAAAACCAGAGACCAGCCCUUCUUAUUUAUUGCCACAUUUAAUAUUAGGAGAUUGAUGAAAUGAUAUUUAAACGCCUUUUCUUUUUCAUAUUUAUUUGUAUGCACCCUUUCUAUAUCAUAGAAUAUUUAUCAAA